AUGGCCACCUCCAUGUUGCGGCCAUCCUUCCAGACCUUGCAGCGUUCGCUGCGCAACUCGCUGCUAGUGGCUCGCUCAUCCGCAUCGCCCACCACCAGCAGCAUCGUUGCUCAGCCCCUGCGUUCGUUCACCUCCACAGUCAAGGCCGCAAAGCCGGCGCUCCCAUCUACAAGCCAAUCCGCAACACCGCUUCGUCAGGUACAGCACCAGGUGAGGGGAGUCCGUACGAGCCCUUUCCGUCCUAAUGGCGGCAACGGCGCUUCCAACGGCGGACGCUUUGCCUUUGCUGCGCCGCACGCUGCUCCAGCCGCCGACGCUCCCACCAGCAUCUCGCAACCCGGCGGAUGGACGCGCGCUCUCACCAGCUUGGGCAUCAUCGGCGGCACCGCUUUUGGUGCCAACCUCUUCUUCAACCGCGAGACCCGCGACUCGCUCCACCCUGUCGAGGCUGAGUAUCUCCACAAGACGUUCAUGUACCUCGCAGGUGGCUUGACCCUCACCGGCGCCGCUGCCGUCGGCCUUCACCGCUAUGGUGUCUCGCAGCGUGUCAUGAUGGCCAACCCUUGGGUCGUGCUUGGUGUCGGUCUCGUUGCCAGCAUCGGCGGCAUGAUCGGUGCCACCUCGCUUCCACCCGGCCAUCCUCUCAAGGUACCCUCGUGGCUGCUGUUCAACGCCUCGCAGGCCGCUGUGCUCAGUCCCUUGCUCUUCCUCAACCCUGCUGUCCUGUCGAGAGCCGCGCUUUACACUGCCGGUCUCGUUGGCUCGCUCUGCUACGUCGGUGCUACGGCCAAGGAGGACAAGUACCUGUGGAUGGGUGGUCCCUUGCUCGCCGGUGUCACCAUCGUCGCUCUUUCAUCGCUAGCACCCAUGAUUCUGCCUCGCACCGCCUUCCGCACGCUCGCUGCCACCGAGGCGCUCUCGCUCUACGGAGGCCUUGCCGUCUUUGGUGCCUUUGUGCUCUACGACACACAGCGCAUCCUCAAGCACGCCCAGAUGGUGCGUGCCGGCUACACGGCGGGGGACCCUCUUGCCGAGUCGAUCAGCCUCGAGCUCGACUUUAUCAACAUCUUUGUCAGGAUGGUCCAGAUCCUCGGCAUGCAGCAGAACCGUCGCAAGUGA